AGAGGUCAAACAUGGCGGCGUACACACGGAGGGCGAGAGAAAUGAUGGGCUUGCUACGAGUCUUAAGAAAUGUGGUUCAGGACAAACGACUUGUGUCGACGUCAACGUUGAGGCAUGCUGUGGCUUCAGACGGACCCCCAAAAUUCACUCCUCCCCCAAAACCUGUCAUCAUAGACAAAACACAGAGCGAGACGUCUUUGCGACGGUUUCUGAGUCCAGAGUUUAUUCCUCCACGUCAGCGUACUAAUCCCGUUAAAUUUUCUAUUGAACGAAAAGACAUGAUAGAGAGACGGAAAGUUCUCAACAUUCCAGAAUUUUAUGUUGGCAGUAUUUUAGCAGUCACCAUGUCUGACCCAUAUGCGAAUGGAAACCUAAAUCGCUUUGUUGGGAUCUGUACUCAACGCUCUGGCAAAGGAUUGGGAGCUACUUUCAUCCUCAGGAAUGUGGUAGAUGGCCAAGGUGUGGAGAUAUGCUAUGAGCUGUACAGUCCACGUCUGCGGCAAAUUGAGGUGUUAAAGCUGGAAAAGAGGCUGGAUUACAAUCUCAUGUACUUGAGAGAUGCUCUACCUGAGUACAGCACCUAUGACUUUGACAUGAAGCCGGUUCAUUUUGAGCUCACAGGAGAUGUUCCAGUGAAUCCAUUAAAAGUAAAAAUGAAGCCAAAGCCAUGGUCUAAACGAUGGGAGCGUCCCAAGUUUAACGUUCAGGGUAUCCGUUUUGACCUAUGUUUGACCCCAGAGAAGAUGGAGCAUGCUCAGAAGUGGGCUCAACCUUGGAGGAAGUACGAUAUGCUGCGAGAGUAUGACACAUCCAAUCUAGAAGAGCAGAUCUUGCAGGAGGUACAGGAAAACCUUAGCAAGUGAGCAGUCCAUAUAGACUUGUUCCGACUUUGCAGAGAGAAUUCCAAUGAAGUGGCCCGGUGCCAACUUAGCAAAUGAGUGAGUUGGGAUACUGAAAGGGGUUGUAUUUGAUGAGGAAUGCAGAUGACAGUAGACUUUUCCAUCCAUUCAUCCACCCACUUCUGGUUCUGGUGUAUGCCUCGAAAUGGAUCUUGAGAUACAGAUGACCAAAUAUCAAAACUUGGGUCUUUCUAUGAGAGAGUGUUUUUGUGUACAUAUUGUUACUCAGCAGCUCAGAACUGUUUGCUGCUGAUGCUUGCUUACAAAUAACCAUCUUCAAUUAAAAGUUUUCGGUUUUU